GUGGCCGGGAGCGGAGGUGAUUCCACAUUGAGGAGAGCGCGGCGGCCGGGGCGGCAGUGGCAGCGUUUGUGUGCUCUGGUGUGAAUCGCCGAGGGAGGAGGCGGUGGAGGAAGAGGUGGCGGCGGUGGCGGUGGUCGUAGCGGUGGCGGAGGAGGCGGGUACGAAUCAGCUGCGGGCGGAGACAUGGCCAACAUCGCGGUGCAGCGAAUCAAGCGGGAGUUCAAGGAGGUGCUGAAGAGCGAGGAGAACAUAGAAUACUUCUUUACGGUGGGAUUCAUCAUGACGAGCAAAAAUCAAAUUAAAGUAGAUCUUGUAGAUGAGAAUUUUACAGAAUUAAGAGGAGAAAUAGCAGGACCUCCAGACACACCAUAUGAAGGAGGAAGAUAUCAACUAGAGAUUAAAAUACCAGAGACCUAUCCAUUUAAUCCUCCUAAGGUCCGGUUUAUCACUAAAAUAUGGCAUCCUAAUAUUAGUUCCGUCACAGGGGCUAUUUGUUUGGAUAUCCUGAAGGAUCAAUGGGCAGCAGCAAUGACUCUCCGCACGGUAUUACUGUCAUUGCAAGCACUACUGGCAGCUGCAGAACCAGAUGAUCCACAAGAUGCAGUAGUAGCAAAUCAGUACAAACAAAAUCCUGAAAUGUUCAAACAGACAGCUCGACUUUGGGCACAUGUGUAUGCUGGAGCACCAGUUUCUAGUCCAGAAUACACCAAAAAAAUAGAAAACCUAUGUGCUAUGGGCUUUGAUAGGAAUGCGGUAAUAGUGGCCUUGUCUUCAAAAUCAUGGGAUGUAGAGACUGCAACAGAAUUGCUUCUGAGUAACUGAGACAUAGAGCUGCUGAUAUAGUCAAGCUUGCCCCUUCUUGAGGAGCAUCAACAUCUGUUAUUUUUAGAAUUCUGCAUAGAUUUCUUUUAAACUGGCAUUCUUGCCUAAUGAUGUUAUCUAGGCACCAUUGGAGACUGAAAAAAAUCCCUGCUCUGUAAAUAAAGCUAAUUAAACGUCUGUGUAAAUUUAAAAAGGGGAAA